AUGGUGCAGCGCACUUCCAACGCCGAGGUCAUGUCCAUGGACCUGUCGCACAAGAAGCCCGCCAAGGCCUACGGCAGCGACGGCGGCGCCUACUACGACUGGUCGCCGGCCGACCUGCCCAUGCUCGGCACGGCCUCCAUCGGCGCCGCCAAGCUGCACCUCUCCGCCGGCGGCCUCGCGCUCCCCAGCUACUCCGACUCGGCCAAGAUCGCCUACGUGCUCCAGGGCGCCGGCGCCUGCGGCCUCGUCCUCCCCGAGGCGGCCAGCGAGAAGGUGAUCCCCGUCAAGGAGGGCGACACCCUGGCGCUCCCCUUCGGCGCCGUCACCUGGUGGCACAACGCCGAGGGCGCCUCCGCGGAGCUGGUGGUGCUCUUCCUCGGCGACACCUCCAAGGGCCACACUCCCGGCCGCUUCACCAACUUCCAGCUCACCGGCGCCACCGGCAUCUUCACGGGCUUCUCCACCGAGUUCGUCGCGCGCGCCUGGGACCUCGACCAGGACGCCGCCGCCAAGAUCGUCUCCACCCAGCCUGGCUCCAGCAUCGUCAAGAUCGCCGCGGGGCACCGGAUGCCGGAGCCUCGCGCCGAGGACCGCCAGGGCGUGGUGCUCAACUGCCUCGAGGCGCCGCUCGACGUGGACAUCCCGGGCGGCGGCCGCGUGGUGGUGCUCAACACGGCCAACCUGCCACCGGUGAAGGACGUUGGGCUGGGCUCUGACCUCGUGAGGAUCGACGGUCGCUCCAUGUGCUCGCCGGGAUUCUCUUGCGACUCGGCCUACCAGGUCACCUACAUAGUGCGAGGCGGCGGCCGCGUCCAGGUCGUCGGCAUCGACGGCACCCGUGUGCUGGAGACCCGCGCCGAGGCGGGCUGCCUCUUCAUCGUCCCCAGGUUCUUCGUCGUCUCCAAGAUCGCCGACGACACCGGCAUGGAGUGCUUCUCCAUCAUCACCACGCCAAACCCGAUCUUUAGCCACUUGGCUGGUAGGACGUCGGUGUGGAAGGCGAUAUCGCCCGAGGUGCUAGAGACGGCCUUCAACACCACGCCAGAGAUGGAAAAGAUGUUCCGCUCCAAGAGGCUCGACUCUGAGAUCUUCUUCGGUCGCCAAGGUCAGUGA